UUUACAUUGACCAAAAAUGGUUGACAAGUUGGAGCAAACUUUUCAGAAUUAGGAUGGUCAGAAUGGCUGAGAUUGAGAUAAAGAAAUGUGGUGUCAAGUUUGAUCCUCCAGCAAUAGUUGUCAUUUAUGGUGACAAGGGGGCGUCUAAAACUAGAAGAAGGACAAUGCCUCUUCAUGACUUCGAUAAAAAAUCUAAUAUUGAUAAGGCAGUUGAAAAUUUACAUUCAAAUCCAAAGCAUGGCAAGUAUGUGUCACAAAUCUCCAAAGCUCAACUGACAAGACUUGUUACAAUAAUCAGAGACAAGCUGAACGGCAUGAGCUUGGAAGCAAGUCUAGCGCGCAACGAUGAUUUGGAUAAAAUCGAUCCCGAACAGAAUCUGAAUGCUGUGGAUGAGGAAACUUUACAACGCAAAAAGGUUGUGAUGGAUCAAACAUUUGUGAAACAUCAAUUGAAACCUGGAGACCCUGGAUUCGAGUAUGAUGUUCAGGUGGAGUUUGAUGAAGAACAGGUUAUAGAAUCUGGCUGGGACUCAGGCGACGGCUCAGAUUUUGAAUUCUAGAUGUGAAUCAAUAUUGUGUUACUGGCUGUUGGGAGUUAUAGAUAUAUUAAGAGUUGAAGUGGAUUUUUAAUUAUAGUUACGACCAUGACAUUGUUAGUGUUACUGACUUUGUCCGAAAUGAUGUUUCCCAUUUUUUUAUUGCAGUGAUGAAAUUUGUACAAGCCCUGCAAAAUGUUAGUGGCAAUGGGGUUUGUUAAAAUACAUAGUCAGCUUAGUUACAAUUGCACCAAGCAGUAGCAUUAAGAACUUUUGGCCGGUAUUCAUACAAAAUCUUGAGUCAUUUCCUAAGUUAAGUAUCUCACUGGUCAUUUACUAUACUAAUUAGAAAUUUAUAAUAUCUAGAUACAGUUUUUAUCAAUUUAUAAAGUAUACAUACUUUAGGAAAUCACCUUUUAAUUUUCAAAAUGACUCAAGAUGUUUAUGAUUACCCUGGCCCCAAUUUCUCGAAACUUCUUAAGUCCCUUAUUUAUAACAGGAUUAAGCUAAGCUCACUAUUUUUGUUUUUCAUUAAUUUGCCUAACAUUAAUUUUUUAAAAAGUUUUUAUACUUUUGAUAGGAAUUAUCUUUAUGAUACGGUAAUCACAAUUAACCAUUUUUCAUUCAUCCAAAUUUGAUUUAAGUACGUAUUUCCGCUUAUAAUUGAAAUAAGCUACUUAAGCCUGUUAAGCUUAAGAUGUUUCGAGAUUUGGGGCCAGGUUUGUAAGUUGUUGAUCCAAAUGUCUAAGUUGGAUAGAUAGACAUACAGAAUCAUGAAUGUCUUUGAUACAUGUAGGUAAAUGGUAGCAUUGUAUGCCGUGUUGCAAUAUCCCUGAGUGCUGAUUCAAUAAAGCUCUGAGUCGUAAACUGAAAUAAUCUUACUCUUAGGGGUGGGUCCAGGAAUUGAUGUUCGAGGGGGCAUAACUUAGGGGGACAACCUAGUGACAUUCACCCUCACUCAGAACCAAAAAAAAUAAAUGGCUUAAAAUGCUGACAGGGAGGUCUUGGGGUAUUCCUGAAGAAAAUGUUAAAAAUUUCUAGUCUGAAAUGGUGCAUAAUUGAGGGUGGGCACCCCCCAGUCGCCCCCCCCCCCCCCCCAUUAAUAUCGCUUGUGGUCAUAGUUACAUUCUUUUUCUACAUAUUCGAGUGAAAUCCACUAAUAAAACUGAACACAAAGCUGUUGAAAUAAAAAAUCAAUGUGUGGGCGUUUGUGACGUUUAUACAGAUUUAAGAUAAUUGUAAUAACAACUGAAACUCUUUAUUGAAACAGGCCCCUGAUUAGUGAGUAAAAGUUGUCCAGCCUCGGAUGUCUAUGUUGAAACACAUUCUAUUUAUUUUUUUGUGAAAUGAAAUACAUGUUGAUAAUGAUAUGCAUGUUCAUGUAUGAGUUUCACACAAAUCCAGGUAUUCAUAAACAUAGCUGUACAAAAUUUUAUGUAUUAUAUUAUACAUUUCAUGAAGUUUAAUUUAUAAAAAAAUAUUGCAAUUCAUGUUUUUAUACCUGGUACGUUUGAAAUUGUACCAAAAAAAGUGGUUGUGAUUGAAGUGAUUUUGUUUGGACUGUGAACAUUUUGUUAAUCAAACUAUUUACAACUUUAUUAUAAUAAUUAACAUAAAAUAAGUUGUUAUUCAGCAUUUAAAUGUCAUGGGGUUUUAUUGUCAUUGUUUAAUCAGAUUCUGAGCCUGUGUGCCUAGCACCAACAAACAACUCUAUAAAUAGAUUCUGCUCUUUCACCUUAUAAAACAUAUAUGCUUGAGAUAAAUCCUUAUAUUAAUUUUUAAUACAUCUAAAUUUAAAGAUAGUAUUUUGAAAAUGAUGUAGUAUCUGAUAUCACACCAAACAUGUUUUUCAAAAAAUACUUAAUAUUUGAUGGCUCACAACUAAGCUUACCUGUACAUUUAUUCUAAAUAUACACAUGUAUAAUAAUUGUUCAAAAAUACACAUGUAUAAUAAUUUUUCAAAUAUACACAUGUAUAAUAUUUUUUCAAUAAGUGUACAGCAGGGCACAUACUUAAUACAUGUAGAGGGAAAAACAUAUUGAAUAAUCUUUUUAAAAAGAUUCCUACUCUUUCAUUAAAAAACAUUUGGGGUUCCAUUUUUUUAUUUCAUAAUUCUUUUUUUUUUUUUAUAAAAUUGGGAUUUUUUUUUCACCUUUGGCAAAAAAUAGUAUGUGUCAGCAUAAGGAAUACCGCUGAAAACAUCAGGCAGAAUUUCAACCCCUUAUAUGUCAGGAAAACAAACUGUGAACAUGAACAUCAUAAGUCAUCCUACAAAUAAUUGAUAUCUAGGAAUGCCAUACCUACGUGUGAUUGUGUUUCCAUCCCAUGCAGAGGUUCAAGGCUGUAUUUUACAGUUUGCCUAUCGAAACCACGUGGGAAUUAUACAACUAUGACCAUAGCAAAAAAUUGUUUGUGAUAUCUGUUAAAUGUUUGUACAUAUGUUAAAUAACUAUCUUCCCAAUAGGAACCAGCAGGAAGCAACAUUGACCUUCAUGUGUAAAAAUAAAUGGACUGGUUGAACCAUUUUGAUCUUAUAUAAUUUUGUAAUUUUUCUAACAUUUAAAGUGAAAUUUUCAGUUUACGUCUUCUUAUUUUAUCAAAUCUGGUUAAGGUCUUCAAGCAAUUUAUAAUGAGAACGUUAAAACUAUGUACAUUGACUCAGAUGUUUAAGAUAAUUGACAAGAUUUAAGAUGUUCAGAUGAAUUACACAAGGCCAUGCCAAGUACAUUGUAUUUCUAUGUUUAGGAUUAUAAGGCUUGUUGGUAUAUGUAUAUGGUCGGUAUAUUAUGUGCAGACAUACAACAAUAACUUUAAUCCUAUAAUAAAUUGUUCGGAAAUUAAAUAAUAAUGGGGUUUCAUAGUCUUCCUGUUGGCGGUGAAGUGGAUUUCGAAGAGAAAAAAGAAUGCCCUUGUUCAAAAUGGUCAAAUGGAACUUAGUCCACAAGUUGCCAAAGGCAAUACACAUUUGUAUAGCAAGACUGAGAACUCUGGCUGUAAUGACUGCUGAGUUUUGCCCCUUUGUGGACAGUUGAAUUAUAAGAGAAAAAAUGCAUUUACAAAGCAAAUAUAAUCAAGAAACAUUAGAAGCAUUUCACUAAUCAUAACACUAUUAAGCAUUAUAACAUUUAGAAACUGCAGGGAUAUCAUAGCUUCUUAUUUUAAACAUUUACAUUGCUUGACCGUUUUUUGAGCCUCUGUUGUAUAUAUCCCAAAGCAGAUCACUUUUCGAUCAUGGACUUGUUUUUCCAUUUACAUUUUUUGCUUACUAGCGGCUAGUUCUCGUACUCAUUAAUGAACUACGAGCAAGGUGCUUAAAAAGUGUGAAGUCAGAGUGUUUAUUAGACCAUAUGACAAUUUUUAUGAAGUAGAUAAUCUUUCUCAAUCACUUUGAGGUCACCGUAUCAAUAAAUAUAUCAUAUGUGUUUGUUCUUUAAGCCAAUUGAAAGAGCAAACUAACAGAAAAUCACAUAAUAAAUUUUUUGUUUGAGCCAAAUUUUCUUUUUAUUAUUUUUAUCAGGGUAUACAAAAAAACAGGUCUUGGACGUCCCCCACACAUUCCUGGCCAAUACACUUUACACUAACACAAAUCAUCUCUUGUUUGGCUUUAGCAAAAUAUGUACAAAAAUCACGUUUUUUAUAAAAGCAAUAGUCCACCUGAACUAUUCUCUUAGAACCAGAUGAGAAUCGAAACAUGAUUUUUCUUCAGCCUUAAUUUUCUAGCCGUUUGUUGCUAAAAACCUACAUGUAUUGUAGAAGAUACCUUAUCAUUUUAAAUUUUUAAUAAACAUGUUUAUAUGAAUGUCCGCUAUAAAGCACAUUGGGGCCAACUUUUAUCACCGUGGACACCACAAAAUGUGAUAACAUUAGGAAAUUCAGUUGCGAGUGUCAGAAAUUGAAUUUAGGUUUUAAUAACAAUUCAAAUAAACCCAGUCCACUUGUAGACUAUGUGUUACAUGUAUAUAGCACACUGUAUUUGUUCAUGUAUUAUGUUGCUAGGUCAUGUGUUCAGAAUGUUCAAAUCCGUCCAUAGUUUGUUCUGUUUUUAUGCUUUUGUUUAUGGCAAUAUGUUUAUGAAAAUUGUAGUUGAUUAAAAUAGGGUACAUGUAACUGCCAGAGAACCUGGUCAAUAACAGGGCAAAGAGCAUGUAAUGUAUUAAAUAAAAAGAACCACUUUUUUACAUUACCCUUGUUUGUUAAGCAGUAUAGUUGUACACAUGUUUAGUAAAUGAAACAAGUUUAUAGAAUACAUACAAAAGUAUAUCUAAACACCAGACAAUAAAUAUAAGAUAUACCAUUCGCUAUAUUCACAAUAAUUCGUAUCCUUGUCGUUAGAGACACAUCAGUAGUUUGAUUCAGUCAGCCAGUCCAUUGGCCAGUUAUUUUUACAGUUUUAUCGAAACGCUUGGAUUCUAAUCUUAAAAUAAAGUGAACUAUAAGUUGGUUAUGAAUACAGCCCCACAUUGUGAUCAUCAUAGUGUACAGUGUAGAUCCAACUGGCGUCUGUGUGCAUGGCCAUCCUGUCAACGAAUGUACAAAAAUAUUAUAAGGUCAAGAAUUUCAGUUUCAGAUUAUGUAAUUAUCACAAAUGAUAUUGAUUUUUUUGGUCUUACUACUUCAUUAUUAUAAUUUGUUUUGAAAUUUGUAUAAUUUCUACUCAGUUAUAAUUAUCGUACAUUAUGAUUAUUGAUAAAAGGGUCCUUACAUGUAUAUACAAAUCGAGGGCUCGACACUUAAAUGUAAUUACUACCCUAAUUCAUGUGAGAGGUUAUGACACUGUUUCACUGAGCUGUCAAUAUACUUCGUAUUUACUACAUUUUAAAAUAUAGAAGAACUUAUUUUCUGUAAAAAAUGAUAUAAACUGAUGCAUAAUGGCAGCUUUUCUUUGAAUUAUUACUUAUUAGAAUUUAAGCAUAAUAGUUAGAAUUAGUUUAUUUAAUUGUAUUUAGCUGUUUGUCAUUUGCAUUUUUUGCUCAGUGUUAUUUUUAUGCAACAUUUGUGGAUUGUAUUUGAUAGAUAGAACCUCUAAAGAAUUACAUGUAUUAUCCGAAAUGUAUGUAAUUAAAUUAUA